AUGGACCACAAUGAUUUCGACAGCGUCUCUUGGAGGAAUGACGGAGAUAGCGAUCCAUCGCGGCCAGCUACUUCGUACACAGAUAUCGAUAACGCUUCCAGUUCGCGAGAUGAUCCUAAUGGGAAACGUCGAAUAAGCUCGACGGGAGAUGAGGUGCUCUCGCCCGUGCAAGACGGCGCAUUUGCGGCUGCGUUGGAUAACGGUAUGCUUGAAUGCACAGUAGACACGCCUCUGAAGGAGAAUGAGGGUACAAAGGAUGUCUAUGUUUCCUACCUGGUGUCAACUCAUACCAAUUUCAAAUCCUUUCAAAAGACUGACUUCAGCGUUCGACGGCGCUUUACGGACUUUUACUUUCUUUACAAUACGCUGUUCCGGGAGUAUCCUGCUUGCGCCAUCCCUCCACUACCGGAUAAACACAAGAUGGAAUAUGUACGCGGGGAUCGGUUCGGUCCCGAGUUCACCCAGCGUCGUGCCUGGUCUCUUCACCGGUUUAUCAAGAGAAUUACACUCCACCCUGUUCUACGCCGAGCUCCAAUCUUGGUAACAUUCCUUGAAUCCGGAGAAUGGAAUCAACACAUGAGGAUGCGCCCGACCCGCAGCGCCACUAAUGCGUCUGACGGCGGGAGUAACAUCUUCGACAAUUUUGCAGAUACCUUCGUGAAUGCAUUCACCAAGGUCCACAAGCCAGAUAAACGCUUCACGGAAGUGAGAGAAAAGGCCGACAAGUUGGACGAAGAUCUUGGCCACGUUGAGAAGAUUGUUGCGCGGGUUGCGAGGCGCGAAAGUGACCUGGAGGCUGACUACGCUGACCUUGCCGUCCAGUUCCGCAAACUUGUCCCUCUAGAACCUGAGCUAGAGGUACCUCUACAGAUCUUUGCCGGUUGCGUUGAGGAAACAUCCUAUGGUAUUCAAAACCUGAAGGAACAUACAGAUCAAAACUACCUAGGCAGUCUUCGUGAUAUGGAGGCUUACAUCUUAUCUCUCAAAACCCUGCUCAAAACAAGGGAGCAGAAGCAGCUAGACCACGAGGCGCUGGUUGACUACCUCAACAAAGCCGUGGCGGAGCGCGAAAAUCUGACCAACAACCCUUCCUCAUACUACGCCACAAACCCACUAACAAGCAGCCCUGCUUCUUUCAUCAGGUCAAAGAUGGAGGAUAUCAGAGGCGUUGAUCACGAACAAUCGCGCCGAGAGAAAGUCCGAAAACUGGAGGUUCGAAUUGAUGAAUUGACCCGUGAAGUUGAAAGCGCCAAAACAACUUCCGAGAUGUUUGAUGAAGAAGUUGUCCGCGAGGUUUCCGACUUUGAGCGUAUUAAAGCAAUCGAGUUCCGCGAUACCCUGGGCGCAAUGACACAGAAACACGUCGACUUCUACCAAGGUGUUCUGGCAACUUGGGAGCGCUUCAUUGUGGAGAUGGAAGCCGAUGGAGAUGAUGUCGGUGGCAAGCAUGAUUUGAAAGCGAAGAAGCCUCAAGUUCGACCUGCAUGA